CCUAUCAAUAGAAACUUUAGAAGAUUUGAGAUAUUGAUUAUUUUUCUUUUUGGGUAUAAUAUAUUUUAUCUUGCAAUAUUAUAUUUCCCAUUUUGCUGUCAUAAUAUUAUUUGCAAUCAAUUUGAAGAGAGAGCAUGAAAGAAUAGAACAAGAGAAGAUUUAUUUUUGACAUGGAAGCUGAUGUUUCUAUUCCUUUUGCACUGUUAUCCGAACCCUAAUUUUCAAAAUCCCUAAUUUUCCCUUCACUCUCUGCUUUGGAUGAUUAUCAACCCAAAAUCUCGGCUUUCGUGCUUUUCGAUUCUAUUUCUCUGAUGGGUUUUUCGAAUCUUUGCUUGUUUUUCUUCUCUCUCUUGAGUUUGUGUGCUAUGGCGGCUUCUAAGGUUGUGCUGAUUGGGAACAACAUCACUCUCUCAUUCGAUGAUAUUGAAGCUAAUUUCGCUCCGUCGGUUAAAGGGUCUGGAGAAUAUGGAGUCUUAUUCUUGGCAGAGCCACUUGAUGCAUGUACAGAACUUACAAAUAAAGCUAAACAACUUUCGAAUGUUAGUUCACCUUUUGUUUUGAUGAUUAGAGGGGGGUGUAGCUUCGAAGAAAAGGUUAGAAUGGCACAAAAUGCUGGCUACACAGCUGCAAUUGUCUAUGACAAUGAAGAUGGUGGCGUCCUGGUUGCAAUGGCAGGAAAUUCUGCUGGUAUAAGAAUACACGCGGUAUUUGUAUCAAAAGCUUCGGGUGAAAUACUUCAUAAAUACACUGGUUUGACUAAUGUGGAAACGUGGCUCAUUCCAACUUUUGAAAACUCAGCAUGGUCUAUCAUGGCAAUUUCAUUUAUUUCCCUGCUAGCUAUGUCUGCAGUGCUGGCCACUUGUUUCUUCGUCCGCAGGCAUCGCAUAAGAAGAGAAAGGCCUCGAGCUUCUCAUGUUCGUGAAUUUCAUGGUAUGAGUAGUCGCCUAGUGAAAGCAAUGCCAAGUUUGAUUUUCACUUCUGCUUUGGAAGAUAACUGUACAUCAAGAACAUGUGCUAUCUGCCUUGAAGACUAUUGUGUUGGAGAGAAGCUCAGGAUUCUUCCCUGUUGUCACAAGUUUCAUGCUGCCUGUGUGGAUUCUUGGCUUACUUCGUGGAGAACCUUUUGCCCAGUUUGCAAGCGUGAUGCAAGAACGGGUUUGUCUGAUCCACCACCUUCAGAAUCCACACCUCUACUGUCAUCGACUCCGUCGUCCGUGGCAUCAUCUGUCCUGUCUUCUAUGAGGUCAUCAUAUGCUUCGUCUUCUGCAAUACAAAUCAUUUCACAGUCGCCGUCUGUUUCUCAAAACCACUCUUUAGCUAGCAGUACUCCUUUCAUUCAACCAUCUCUAAGGUCUUACCGUCAAUCCCCAUCCCUAAGUGUCAGCCGUAGCUCCGUAGAUCUUAGAAAUGCAUCCCAAAGAUCUCUAGCUUCACACAUGAAUUCACCACGUUCCAUGGGUUAUCCAUCUUUGUCAUCUCUUAACUCAAGGUACUUGUCUUCACACAUUCCAAGUCCAAGUAAUGCCUCAGUAAGUUUCAUGAUCGGUUCAUCCAGUCAUCAUCAGCAUCCACUCCGUUAUAGUGAGUCAGCCGCAAGCUUCUCAUCGUUUGCGUCGGCCAACUCCCUUCCGGAAUGUUGAGUUGUGUAAUUUGAUUUUAUCAUAUGAUUGUGACGUCUGCUCAUUUGAACCGAUGAUUGCCAACUCAUUGAACUAAAGAGUGGCCAAACGACAACCGUCAGUCUAUUUCCAUGUAACACUUCGGCAUUCCCUACCUCCGUUCCGUGUCUCUCCUCUGGCAAACGACUUCCUUGUUGGCAUAUCCGGUGUACAUUAUAACAUCUUUGUGAUGUUAGUUUUCUUUACUUUACAUGUGGUGGCUAAGGUUCUUACACUUUCAGGUUGGUGAGCUUUGAGUACAGUAGUCACCAGUGUGUGUUGCUUCGUACUUUGAAUAUUGAUGUUUUGAUAUCAAAGUAUAGUUAACUGCUGCUGACAAGAGAAGAGAAAUGUUGGACUAUAUAGACAAGAUUGAAGUCAGAAGAGUUGUUUGUAUUCUGUCUAAUGUGUUUCUCCAAUUGAAAUAUGAGAUCAUGUGAUACUAUGGAGUUACCUAUAUUCAUCUAACUGCUACACUGAGUGUCAAUAAUACAAUGUACAAAUUUUUUUGUGGAAUUUAGCUUUAAUGUUGAUUUUUAUAUUUAUA